UCCUCACCAGUCGUUGGCACUUGGCACUUUGGCAGCAGUAGCACCACCACCAAAAGCCAAAGGAACGGAGACCUCGAGCCCAAGGCAACUCGGCACCGCCGGUCGCAAGAACUCCCAACUGAACAAACAAACCACGCGAGCGGGGCGGGGCGGGGCGGCUGGUCAAAUCUGCGCGUCGCUCCACUUCGAUCCGCCGAUUCCCGUCGCACAAGAUGAGCGACAACCUGAUGGAGAAGGUGAACGCGCUGGGGGAGCGGCUGAAGGUCACGGGGACGGAGGUGAGCAAGCAGAUGGCGGCGGGGAUGAGCUCCAUGAGCUUCAAGAUGAAGGAGCUCUUCCAGGCGCAGACGCCGGCCGACAAGAUCGUGGAGGAGGCCACCGCCGAGACCCUCGAGGGGCCCGACUGGGCCGCCAACCUCGAAAUCUGCGACCUCAUCAACACCCAGAAGGUCAGCAGCGGGGACCUCAUCCGCGGGAUCAAGAAGCGGAUCGUGCUCAGGGACGAGCCCAGGGCCCAGUUCCUCGCGCUCUUCCUCCUCGAGACCAUCGUCAAGAACUGCGACAAGGCCUUCUCCGAGGUCGCAGCCGAGAGGGUCCUCGAUGAGAUGGUCAGGCUGAUAGAUGACCCGCAGACGGUGGUCAAUAACAGGAACAAGGCACUCACGCUGAUUGAGGCCUGGGGAGAGUCGGGUAAUGAGCUCCGAUACUUGCCAGUCUAUGAGGAAACAUACAAGAGCCUGAAAUCAAGAGGAGUGCGGUUUCCGGGACGUGACAAUGAGAGCCUGACCCCCAUAUUUACCCCACCACGCUCAGUUGCUGAAGCUGAAGUUGAAGCAAACUUCUCCCACCAGGCAUUUGAAGAUGUGCAUGUUCAUACAUAUACUGCUGAAGAAACAAAGGAAGCUCUGGAUGUGGCUCGUAACAGCAUGGAACUUCUUUCAACUGUUCUUUCAUCUUCUCCUCAGCAGGACGUUUUGCAGGAUGACUUAACAAUCACUCUAGUGCAACAAUGCUACCAAUCUCAACACACUAUCCAGAGAUUCAUUGAGACCGCUGGAGACAACGAGGCCCUCCUCUUUGAGGCCUUGAGUGUGAACGAUGAGAUCCAGAAAGUGGUAUCCAAAUAUGAAGAGAUGAAGAAACCCGCGGCGCCAGCGCAUACAGAACAGCCAGUGGUCAUACCGAUUGCCACGGAACAUGAAGAUUCUGGAUUUGUUGGCAAUGAAGAUGCCCUGGUCAGAAAGCCAGCUGCUUCUCGAGCAAUGUCAGGCGGAGAUGAUGAUAUCCUGGAUGAUCUCGACGAGAUGAUAUUUGGCAAGAAGGGAGGAAGCAGCUCCCAGGAAGGGCCCAAGAAGCAGGACCCAAAGAAAGAUGACCUAAUCAACUUUUAAAUACCGUCCCAGCAAGUCACGAGAGUUUCUGUAGGGAUACACAGCAUGUCUGCUGCAUUUAUACUGCUGAACGAUGUCUGUAUUCAUCCAGUAGAAGAUUGCACACUCAGUUAGGAUUUGGGUCGGUUGUUUAUCUGCACACGAUGUCACUUGUCCUCCACAGUUUGUUCAGUUGAUAUGUUUGCUGCAAACUUCUCUUCUUCUGAUUCCAUGGUUGAAUGCAUUAAAUGCUGAAUUAUUCCUGAUGGAAAA